UAGUAAAAACGGACUUAAAUGUUGAUCUGUUUCUCACCCACACCUAUAUCGCUUCAGACAUUGAUUUAACCACUGGAGUCAUAUGGAUUACUUUUAUGUUUCCUUUAUGUGAAUUUUAGAGUGUAAAAAUGUUGGCACCCAUUCACUUGUAUUGGAACUACAGAGCUGAAAUAUUCUUCUAAAAAUCUUUAUUUGUGUUUUGUGUACACAUCUGGGAUGGCAUGAGGGGAGAAAUUGUGAAAGACAUACUGUGCUCAGUGAUGUCAUACAAUGGAAGUUUAUGGUGACCACCUCUUCAAGCUUCAAAAGGACGCAGAAGUAUAAUUCAGAAGUCUAAUAAAUGAUUCCACGAGACUCAUGGUUGUAAUGAAAGCAUACGAUAAGGUUUGUGAGAAACAAACAGUGACACUGUUGACGGACCUUUGCUCUCCUCUGAGCCUUCACGAGACUGCACGAGACCAACAGUCCAACGCAGCCCGCUGGCGAAAAGAGGCGUUCAGGCGAAAACGCGUUUAUAUAAAAAGAAGAAAAAAAAAAAAAAAAAAAAGAAAAAAAAACAGGUCUGCCAUAGUGAUACUCAAGAACAGAACACAACACAGCUGCACACAAACCAGAGGACCGAACUUAUAAAACAUGUCUGAAAAAUCGUGCACCACCCCCCUGAACUCACUGGACGACAGGCGGCGUGGCUAAAGUCAAUGCAAAAGGUGCUGCGUGAGGCGUGGUCAUUCAGGUUUCUUUGCAUGGACUAAAGAGAGGGCUGCCAUCCACCGUUGCGGUGCUGUCUGAGUCGCUAUGGUGACGACGAGAUUGUUUUGACUGAGGCUGUGAUGGGUUGACAGGUGCAUGUCAGUCGCGGUCUGUGCAAGCAUGUACGCCAAAGGGAAGAGCAGCGUGCCAUCGGACAGUCAAGCCAGAGAAAAGUUAGCGCUCUAUGUGUAUGAAUAUCUGCUACAUGUGGGGGCUCAGAAAUCAGCACAGACCUUCCUUUCAGAGAUCCGAUGGGAGAAGAAUAUUACAUUUGGAGAGCCUCCGGGGUUCUUGAACUCAUGGUGGUGUGUUUUCUGGAAUCUGUACUGUGCUGCUCCUGAGAGGAGAGAAACGUGUGAGCACUCAAGUGAAGCCAAAGUUUUUCACGACUAUAGUGCAGCAGCAGCACAUAGUCCUGUGAUGGGAAGUCCUCCUGGAGAGGGUAUGCCUAUGCCCCCUGGAUUUUUUCAGCAGUUCAUGUCUCCUCGAUACCCAGGUGGGCCUAGAGGUUCUCUCAGAAUACCCAAUCAGGCUUUGGGUUCUGGGAACCAACUCCUCUUACACAUUGAGAGGGAUCCUUCUAGACAACCAGGCCAUUCUCACAUGAGUGGGCACAUGCAGCGAGUGACUCCUCGAGGAAUGGUUCCUGUUGGACCACAGAAUUAUGGCGGUGGGAUGAGACCUCCCCUAAAUGCCCUAGUAGGACCUGGAUUGCCUGGGAUUAGCAUGGGUCCUGCAGAAGGAAGACCAUGGCCAAACCCUUCAAAUACCAAUUCGAUUCCUUAUUCAUCUGCGUCCCCAGGCAGUUAUUCGUUUCCAUUGGGUUCUGGUGCUGACGGUCCAAUGGGCAUCAUGGCAGGCAUGGAGCCUCAUCAUAUGAAUGAUUCAUUAUGUAGGACAAAUAUAACUGCCAAUGCAAAAGAUCUGGUGACAUUGAAAGCCUCCCAAAGCUGUCAUUCAUAACUGGAGUAUUCUCUGCAGUAUUAUCCGAACAUGACAAUGAGUGUGUGAGAAGACAGAGCACAGCAGUGCUAUUACAGAUUAUCACUGUGUUCAUCAAAGAAGCGGAUUAUUCUCUCUAUUGGCUCUUUGGUUUUCUACUCAUUUUAUCUUUGGUGAACUAUUGUGAAUGACUGUGACAUCAUUCUACACCAAAUCUGAACAAACCCAAGCGAGCCUUGAAAUGAGCCAGAAGAAGCCUUGAGGAAGCUUUAUAUUUUUGACAUUACAUGGUUUAUGUGUCCCGUCUCCUGUUUGGAAUCACACCUGGCUGGAAAAAUAUCAAUUUUGGAAUUUCACCACAGCCCAUCUCAAUUUUCUCUUAAGAUGGGUACAGUCCAAAUGAUUUUUAUGUAACUUUUUCUUCAGCUGAUGAUCUGAGAAUUUAUUAUUUAUUUAUUUUUUUAACCUAAUGUCCAUCUGUCAUUGUUUUCUUGAGCUGUGUUUCAAACAUGCAGUAUUCCAAGGAGAGGGCAGUAUCACCAUGCAUCAGUUCCAUAGUGAUGACCUUCUCUUUUAGAUCCAUUAUUACACAAAAAAAAAUCAUGAAACUGUUGAACAGCUUGACAGUAUUGACAGAAAAUCAUGUUUAUUAAUUUGUACUCGUUUUUGAGUGGAUUAAACAUUUAAGUAUUACAUGCGGAGUCCUUCAUCAAGAUUUUUCAUGGCUUUAAUUUAAUGGAUUUAUUUAUUUUAUUCUUAUUUUUUUUUAAUUGAAAUUUAGUUAAGGUCUUUAGCCUCAAGCUCACUGGAUUGUACUAGACUGUUAGUACUGAUAAAACCAUUUUUUGAAGGCUACCAUCAUAGUAAGCUGGGACGCUGUAUUUAAUACAUUCAGUUUAGGCAAACCAAGUUGUAUGGAAUACUUUUAUGCUGUCUUUAAAUGCUUUUUGAGCUUCAAAGUUUUGUGAACCUGUUGACUUGCAUUGUAUGGACCUACAGAGCUAAGAUAUUCUGCAAAAAAUAUUUGUUUGUGUUCAGCAGAAGUAAAAGUCAAACACAUCUGGGAUGGCAUGAGGGUGUGUAAAUGAU